AUGAGGUGGGCAGGCGGCGGCGGCGGCGGCGCGGGAAGCAGCGAGUUGGCCGCGGCAGGGGCGCACCCGGGCAGCCUCCCUCCUCUCAGGCUGCCCCAGUGCCUGGCGGAUGUUGAAGAAGAUCACAUACUAGGAAAGUUAACCAAGACCACAUACCUGAAGAGUAACAAGUGUCUAGAACAUCCGAGAAGAAGGGAUGGUGGUGGUUACUGGAAAAAUAGUGGGCAAAGGCCUGAGUCAUUUUUAUCCUCGUACACUGGCCUGUUCUAUUGGGUCGGAGUACUGAGCGUCACUUACUUGGUUUACCUGUCUCUUAGCUAUGUAGUGCAUGCCCUCCGCAUGUGGGUGCUGGGCAACCCGAUGGCAGUGGGCCUGCGCUUGGGUGCCUGGGCAGUUGUCAUGGGAGCUACUGAUGGAAUUGGAAAGGCUUAUGAAGAAGAGUUAGCCAGACGUGGAAUGAAGGUGGUUCUUAUCAGCAGAUCUCAGGAAAAACUGGAUCAGGUUGCCAGUGAAAUAAGGGAGAGGUUCAAGGUGGAAACAAAAACUGUUACUUCUGAUUUUGGAGACCGAGUUCGUAUUUACCAAAACAUAAAAGCAAGCCUGGAAGGCCUUGAGAUUGGUAUCCUAGUAAACAAUGUGAUGGUUUCAUAUUCUUAUCCUGAAUACUUCCUUGAGAUCUCUGACAUAGAUAAAACAAUUGACAACAUAGUUAACAUUAACAUCAUAUCUGUGUGCAAGAUGACACAAUUGGUGCUGCCCAGCAUGCUGGAGAGGUCCAAAGGAGUUAUAGUGAAUGUUUCCUCUUUUGCGGGGCUUCAACCAUCUCCAUUUCUCACUCUAUAUUUGUUAACCAAGGCUUUUGUGGAUUUUCUCUCUCAAUGUAUUGUCCCCCCAACACAUUCCUAA